UUUGGAGGCCCACAGAGUAAUGCUUGGGACAUUUCAGCCACAUUUCAGCUACUUGUUCGCAUUAUUGCAGCUUGCAGCUUCAUUCCGUGCAGAUUCGUGGGAUUGUCGAAGAUAAAUGAACGAGCUCAUGUAAAAAUAAAGGUGUAGAACAGGAUGAGCUGGUUCGACACAACUGGUUUUGCCAAUUUGGCAAAGUCUGCUCUGAAGGAGGCCCAAAAAACCUUUGACAAGGCCCUGGAUUUGCCAGACAUUGAAGAAAAACCUUCAGUGGAUGACAACAAGGGAAAGGAUGACUCGGAGAGCUUCUUCUCUGCAUUCGGCCUGGGCGGCAGCAGCAGCAGCGGCUCAGGAGGGACCGGGGGCGGCCCAUCAGCGACCUCCGCCGGUGGAUCCGAGAGGCUGGCUGCCUCGCUCUGGGGUUCGCUGGGUGCCUCCCUGCUGGGGGAUACGGCGACAGCUGAACAGCGGUCCUCCAGCAGCUCAGCUGAGCCUCCGUCCGGGCCCGUGACCUCACCACCCAACGGGCUGACCCGCACCGAACGGUCAGCUACACCGGAAAGCCGGCCCGAACCCCCGUCUGCCCUCCCCGUUGGCGACCUGGCGUCGGCCGACGGCUGGGCGGAACCCCUGUCUGCCAGCCCCGGCGACAUCUCGGCGCUGCGCGGAGACUCGCCCUCACCGGACGGAUUUCAAAGCAGCGUACUGGUGGUGGCGUCCCCUUCGAGCGAGUGGCCUCCUCCGCUGCCACCUCCCGGGGAUACCGCCACCCCCGAGUCUAUAGAGGUGCUGGACGGCAGUGACCAUGACUGGGAGGCAGGAUGGGAGGCCGGUGGGGACAGCACCGGCACGCUACAAGACGCAGACGCCCCGGCAGAAAGUCUGCAUAGCUCAAACUCCAGCUGUCAUACGUUAGUGUCUGCAGAUGGUGGCGCUGCCUAUAGUGCGUCAGUGGCGCCGCCACGCGGCAGACCGGCGGACUCACCCGGCGAGAGCACGUCAUCCGAGUCUUUCAUUAGGUUGGGUUUGGGUGCGUCACCUCUGACGUCACCCGAUGCCGGCAAUAUGACGUCACCUGAUGUUGAAUUAGUGACGUCACCAGAAGCUGGUAACGUUACGUCACCUGAUGUGGAGGUUGUUACCUCCCCUGACGCUGCAACUUCCAAAUCUCCCUCCAUCGCGGUUGCUGGAGACCGCACACCAGUUACGUCACCAGAAAUGGGUGACGUCACCUCACCUGACGUAGAGAUCGUGACAUCACCGGAGGGCGAAGCGGCACCAGCGGACGCGUCAGGAAGACUACCAGUCCCAGAGACGGUCCCUGCGCCGUGUGGCGGCUCUGGAACGGUAGAUUCAUCGCGGGCUGAAUCUCCCGCCUCGGUUGAUCCGACGGAUUCGACAAACGGAUCGACUGGACCGACCAGCUCAGCGGAGCCUGUUAGCUCAGAGCCAGUUAGCUCAGUGGAACCCGUGAGCUCGGAGCCAGCUGUGAGCUCUAAAGAACCUGUGGAGUCAGAUCAAGUGAGCUCUGUAGAGCCCGUGAGCUCAGAGCCGGGAAGCUUAAAAGAACCUGUUAGCUCAGAUCCAGCGAGCUCUGAGCAAAUGAGCUCUGUAGAACCCGUGAGCUCAGAACCAGCCAGCUCAGUGGAGGCAGUUUGUUCCGAGCCGGGUAGCUCGGUGGCUCUCGUGAGCUCCGUGGGUCCCACCAUCUCCGAGCCAGGCAGCUCGGUGGCUCUCGUCAGCUCCACCAGUGAAUCUAUCGAGCCGGUGCUGUCUGGUGCCGAACCCCCGGCGGGGGCGGCGGUGGACCGGCCUGGAUCGGGGACGCCGCCCAGGGAGACGUCUGCGGAGCCGAGCUCCGGAUCGGCCGACAGCAGCGGCGGCCGCGGUCGCUCGCCCCACGAGUCGGGCCACACCUCAGCCGACGAGAUCGAGACGGCCACCUCGUCUGACGUGGAGGUGCUGGCGAGCCCUCUGACGGAGAGCAGGCACCUGACGGCGCCGGCCGGACGGACCAGGAGAGCCGGCCCGGCGGCGGGGACGGCAGCGGCCGGCGAGAGGGCUGAUACGCCGAGCAGUGACGGGUCACACCCGCCGCACCCACCGACCGGUCACCAGAGAGAGCCGGGUCACCGCCGUAACCUCUCUCAGACCUCAGUAGCCUCGUCGGACCUGGACCCGGACUGCGAGCAGCGCUGGCCGCGCCGGCUGGCCGAGCUGCAGGAUGUGCUGGCCGCCAGGGAGGCCAAGAUGAUGGACCUCAGCCGGCUGAACGUCACACUGCAGGAGGACAACAGCAACAUGCAGAGUCGUCUGGAGUUGCUCGAAGCGCAGCUGGCACGCAGCACUAGCGCCUCUGGCGGUCACCUGGAGAAGCUGACCGCCGAGCGGGACGCCCUCCAGAAACAGCUGACGGAGGUCCGGCGGCGGUGCUCGGCGCUGGAGGAGGCGGUCACAGAACGAAACACUACCGUGGAGGAACUCCGGGCAGAGGGCGAGAAGCUCAGCCGCGAUCAGCUCAAAUUGAACACGGUCAUCAAACGACUCAGGGCCAAGGAGCGGGAACAGGAGGCCGCCAACAAGAAACUCGAGGAGAAGGUGUCCCGCCUGACCGCCGAGACCACCCAGCUGACCGAACAGCUCGCCUCACUGAAGGAGUCCGACCGAGAGCAGGGGCGCGCGCACAAACAGCUGACUAGCCAGCUGACGCGCGCCGAGCGGGAGGCGGCCGAGGCGCGCCGGGAGGCGACUGAGGCGCGCGAGGCCAAAGCGGCCAUGGAGACGGCGCUGCAGGCCGCGCAUCGUGAGGUAUCGGAGCUGGAGCGUAAGGCGCGCGAACACGACUCUGAGGCAGCCUCCCGCGAGCUGUCGGCCGAGAUUGCCGCCAAACAGCGGCUCGAGAAGACGCUCACAGAGUACCGCGCCACCGUGGCGCGGGAGCAGGAGGAUCUGUUGGCGCAGAUCGAGGACCUCCGAGUCAGUCUGCGGCGGUUGGAGAGGGAGAGCGCCAGGCGAGAGGACGGUUUCCAGGCGGAGACCGCCGAGCUGCACCGGCGUCUGCUGGACUCGGAGAGCCGCAACCAGCAGCUGGCCGACUCGGUUGCCAUGGCGACGCGUCCGCUGCAGCGCCAGCUGGAGACGCUGCAGGCGGCGCUCAGCUCCCAGCAGCACAGCUGGGAGCGAGCCGAGCGGGCUCUCACAGAGAAAAACGUGGAGCUGCAGCGUCAGCUGGCCACCGUCACAGAGCGGGAGCGACACGUCUCAGACCAGUACGUGGAGGCCGCCGCGCGACAGGCGCCCCUGGAGGCCUCGCUCGCUGAACUGAAGGCAGAGCGGGGGAAGAUGGCCGACAAACUGACGGCGGUGGAGGCGAGGGCGGCUGAGACUGCCGCCGCGCUCGAGAGGUGCCGCUCGGAGCGGGCGGCCUCGGAGCGUCAGCUGGCCGCCCAGCUGACUGAGCUGCGGGUGGCCCAGGACGAGCUGGAGCGUCAGCUGGCGGCCGAGCGGGCGGCACUGACCGCGGAGAGAAGUCGUACCGCGGCGCUGCAGGAACAGGUCCAGGAGCGCGGCCGCCAGCUCUCUCACUCGCAGUCUGUGGUGGAGUCUGUCACCAGUCAGCUCAGCACGCCCCGCACCUCACCAACGCCCAGCCUGUCGAGGAUAUCCUUCUCCAGCUCAAUGCACGAACUGGCGACGGCACGGCAGGCCACCAAUGCGGACAGUGUGUUUGACUCUGCCACGCCGCGCGCCUCGGCCGGGAUCAGUCUGUACGACUCUGUCCGCGCGGCCGCCGCCGGGCCCGGAGGAGCGUCCGUGGUGGAGUCACUGACGUCACAGCUCAAACAGAGAGACGGUGAGGUGGCCCAGCUGCGCUCGGAGCGGUCGGACCUGGAGCUGGCGCGCCAGCAGCUCAGCGCCGAGCUGGCGCGCGUCUCGGCUCAGCUGGAGACCGCCUCGGAGGCCGGUCGGAGGUUACAGGCGCAGACGGCCGAGUACCAGCAGCUGCAGGCCACCUAUAACGCCCUGCUGCAGAUGUACGGAGAGAAGGCCGAAGAAUCUGAAGAACUCAAACUCGACCUGGCAGACGUCAAGGAAAUGUACAAACAGCAGAUAGAUCAGCUCACAAAGCGAGGAACGGGCGGCGGAGGAUCCUCCUGAGCCUGGCGGCGACUGCGGCGCACCUGGGGCGAGCUGUGGGCCGCCUGGACCGGCUGCCAACCGGCAGGGGAAUCCCUUCAGCUGACAGGGGGAUCCCUUCAGGUGGUAGGGGAAUCCCUUCAGGUGGUAGAGGAAUCGGGUCAGGCCACAGGGGGAUCCACUUGCCAUUCCAAAGAAUCCCUACCUGACGAUGAGAGGGAGGGAGAAGCGUCUCCUCAGCGUGAUGAAGGUAGCUCCGAUUCUUCUGAUCACCCAGCCACCUCGCCUGGACUGCCAUCCGAUAGUGUGAUAGCGACAAUUUCUGAGGAGAGGGAACCACUUCUAUCGGGUGAAAAAUGUGGGAAGAGUGAGCCUGGAAUGGCAUGUGAUAGACAAUGAGCGUUUGGGGCCAGACUGGUGGCCACACGGGCUGGUUGUGUCUCGGUUAGUCUGAUAUGUGGAGUUAUAUUGAUACGUGGAGCUGGUAUAAGUGUGGGGAAGUGACAGCGUUCUGGGCUCAUGGCUUGUGUGAACUGGGCUUUAUGCGUCGUAAAAGUGGUAGGAUGAUGGAAGAAGAAUCGAUCCCGACUCAACAAGCCGCAGUCCAUACGUCCUGGUUUCAAAGUUUAAACCACACCACGGGUUUUUCUAGAGCCCAUUAGCUCGUAGUGCGGUAAUAGUCCGCAUUUAGGCUCAUAUUUCUCCCAUAUUCUUGAACAUAUGCUCAUGGUAUGAGCCGCAGUUACAUGAACUGCUAUAUUUUCACUUUGGAGUCGCGCAAUGUUAUGGGACUAGAGAGUCGCAUGGCAUCACUUGAGAAGCUGCAUUUACUCCAAGACUACCAGUGGCUAACGACGGGAACCUGUACCGUUGCGUGGGGACGGGGCGACUCCCAAGGCUUUAAGCACGCCUCUCAGUGCUGGCACAAAGCCACUCCAUCGCCCCACAACUCGUGUUGAUGCCCUGCGGGUCGCCGCUGGAGGCAUCUCUGGGGCGAACAUUAUUCCCGUGGCGUUUUAGCCUUGGUAGAGACCCGCGGCGCUUUUUCCCAAGUGGCUUAUAGACAAAGGAUGGCUUCACACAACGCCCAAACAGCUGGAGCUAUCAGUGCAUUUACGCGGAUAUGCGGGACUACACUAAGGCCGACUACCCAUAGGGCAUCCGGCAGUUUGCUGCAACCUGAUGGCGUAUACCAUAUUAUACUGACGCUGGCGUUUAUUUUUAUACUAAACGGGCUACACGGGACCGUCCUCCGCUGAAGGCUCGCUAUGAAAGUGGAAGGGGUCGCUCGCUAUUUUAGCGUAAGGCCGCUCGUAAUGAUGAUGUAUAGUGCGCUUGCUAUUGAGGUGGAAAACCUGCCCACUAUGAUAGCGGGACAGCCCGCACAGUUGUGAUAAUUUUCGGCGGGGCAUAACAGGCACCGGAGCCCCGCUAAAACGGAGGGCGUUACUACCUACAUAGCGCGAGUUUGUACAUAACCAGGUCGUUACACUGUGUUUUGGUUGUGCCCAGGUGAUAGGUUCUGUGCUCCGCUUUUGUUUUUUCGAGUGUGUACCGGAAAAUUGUUUGAGAUCGGUGGCUUGUUCCGUGCCGUAAUGUUUGUUUGAGUGAUUGUGCGCUUGCCCCCCCCCCCCCUCCCCCGGAGUCUUGUUUGAUGGGCCCUGCUUACCCCGUAUCCGUGUAUGAAUCCGGGUGCUUGCUUGUUUGUUUGUGCGCCGGUUUUGUUGUGUUUGUCGGGCGUUGGUAUCGUGUGUGCAAUCAGAUCGUUUUUGCCGAUUAUUUAUGAUUAUUUAUCCUGUUAUAGCCCUGAUCGUUGCUGCCCGGGGCCGCUCAGAGUGUUACGUUUCCAAAGGGCGCCGCGGCGCGGAUGGACAGAAUAUAUUUAUACUCGGCGUGGUGAUAUAA